AUGGAGAUCCGAGCCAAAUCAGAUCAUGUUUGCCGGCUACUGAAAGCUGCAACAGAGGGAGAUAUUGAAGUUCUGAAAUCUGCUUCAGAUGAUGAGCUAAGGAGCAGUGUUUGCAACUCUGGUUGCACGGCGCUGCAUUGGGCUGCGGGGACCAAUCAGGUAACAGCCCUCCAGUAUUUGAUUCUCGAGCGCAAAUUGUCGCCCAACAUUCUGGCCGUGAAAAAAUCGAAAGGAAGAACUCCUCUUCAUUAUGCUUGCCGCAACGGCGCAGCAGAAGCCACUCGAUUCCUCAUGGACGACUGUCAGGCAAAUGUCCAUGCUUUGGCCAAACAUGGUGUCUCGCCGUUUCAACUGGCUGUCUGGCAAAAUCAACUGGGUAUUUGUCAGUACUUGGUGGAGGAAUGUGGCGUAGAUCCUUGUCAAGUCAAUGACUUUGAUUGCGGGGCGAUUCAUUGGUUGGGUAUUUGUCCCGUCAAUCGAGCCAACAAUAACACUACAGUAUCAUCAAAUGGCGAAAAAUGUACUGAUAAAGAUGACGGAAGUGACUUACUGCCGCUAGCCAAGUGGCUUGCCAAACAACCGGGUCUGGAUUAUACCGCCAAACAAAAACAGGGACACACGGCGCUGCACAAGGCUUCCUGGGGUGGACACAUUUCCCUGUUGCGAUAUUUGAAGGAGGAACAUGGAUUGUGGGACGACUCGGUCGACGAUGCCGGAAACUAUGCAGCGGAUCUUGCGGACAUGGCCAAUACCACCCGACACACCAGAAUCGCCAAGUACUUGCGAGAAGAAUGCAGCCGUGCGAGGGCCGAGAGCUGCUCCAUUCUGGGGAUUGAUGCGUCGUGCUCAUCUCCAUCGAAGAUCCGACAAGCGUAUUUGAAAAAGGCCCAUGAACUUCAUCCGGAUAGAAACGGCACUGUUCUUGUAGACGAUGAUCAGAAUGAAGAUGAUGUGACAGAUCGCUUUGAUGCUGUCCGCAAGGCAUACCUGCACUUGUCGGAACAUCAAGGUCAUGGAACCCAAUCCAAUCCAGCCCAUUCCUUAAAUCUCAUGCUCCAAGUUAGUGGACUUGACGACACUGAUACCAAUAAGGACAAUAAGGAUAAUGAUGAUAAUGAUGAUAGUGAGGAGGCUGGAACCACCAACGAUUUUGUCAUCUCCAACAGUGAGGAAAACUGUUUCAAGGCUCGCCUCAUCGCCGUCCUUUUGGAAUAUGGUGACAAGGGACUCGAUUUGAGCAACGUCAAGCGCAAAUGGAAACAGGUUUGGCCUAAGGAUCCCUUCCCAGAACCAGUAGCUGCUGCACGUAGCCAUAGAGGAAGGUCAUCGAAAUAUAGUACCAAUAACCAGAAGAAAAAAAUUUCAAUGAAAACCUUUCUGGAAGAGCAAGCAGGCGAUGUGGUAGAGCUGGUUCAGGAUGGUAGUGGAAUUCGAGUCAGGCCAAAGAAUUGUUCUCAACAGAAGGUUGCUCUGCACCACAAUGCUAUCAGCAAAAAUGAUGUAGCGAGUGAGUGA